AUGCGCGUCAACGAAGCCAGGCAGAACCACCAUAUCACGGGCGUCCACGUCCCUCUCGAAGCUCACAGGCUGCGGCUGAGUGCUCAGCCACUUCUCCACGUCAGCGGCAGUGCCAACGGACGCGAUCUUGCCAGCCUGGUCCACGACAAGCGACGCGUUCUCGAGCACAGCCAGCUCCUUCUGGGCCGCGCCGGCCUUGAACGGCUCACCAUUCGCGCAGACCUGAACGAUCUGGCGAGCGUUGGCAAUACGGAGUCGGAACGAGCUCAUGGUGUCGACGGUAGAACAGCAAGUGCUUCAGGAGACACGGCAAAAGUGCAAAUGUGCAUCAAAUCGCCUACACCAUGGGCAUGUACCCAUCUGUAA